CGACCUGUCACAGCAACCUCAGCGCUCGUUGAGUAAGCAACACUCUCGACCUCGAUCUCGAUCUCUCAAUCUCUAGUGUAUCGGAACUACGCGUUACCAAAACGAUCAUCAGCUUCAAGGAAAACGUAACCCAGACUCAAAACAAAACUAACGACAUGGCCGCCAACUACAAGAGCUGCCCGCUGAAGAAGCGCCCCAUCGUCUUUGUGGAGGAGCUGCCGCAAACGGAGGCCUUGGCUUUGACCAAGAGCUCAUUGUUUGCACCCGCUCAGCCAAUACAGGAGGAGCAGCCACAGGAUCUUUCACUCAAGCGCAAGGCCAGCGAUAUUGAUUUAGAGGAUUAUGAGCUGCCUGCCAAGCGUGAAUACGUCUUGAAUCUCUCGAAGUCGCCGCUGACACCACGACGUGCCAGUUCGCCGCUCAGCUCCGCACUGCUAUCCCCGCCCGCGGAGCCCAGCAACCAGGAUUACCAACCUACCGAUAUACACAUGCGCGGACUGACAGCUGCCACCGCCGGCUACACAACGAAUCCGUAUCAAUCGGCCUUUGUGCUGGCCGCUGGCUGCAAUCCGAUCUCAGCGCUGUGGAGCAGCUACCAGCCACAUCUGAAUGCCGCCGCGUUUCCAUCGCCAGCCAGUUCUUUGGCCUCGCCGCAUUCGGUGUACAGCUAUCAGCAGAUGACGCCACCUUCGAGCCCUGGCUCGGAUGCAAGCUCCGAGCCGGAGGAUCUCUCCGUGCGCAACGACAUUCCGCUGCCAGCGCUGUUCCACCUCUUCGACGAGGCACGCAGCAGCAGCGCCGGUAGCCAAAUCAGCAGCAGCAGUAGCAUCGCCUCCUACUCAUAUGCCGCCAGCAGCAGCUCCGGCACAAGUAGCAACAACAACAACAGCAGUGGCUCGGUCGCAUCCAAGAACUACCGCUACAAGUGCGACAACUGCCAGAAGAUGUACUCGACCUCGAUGGGCUUGUCCAAGCAUCGCCAGUUCCACUGCCCAGCCGCCGAGUGUAACCAGGAGAAGAAGCAGCAUUCGUGCGAGGAGUGCGGCAAGCUCUAUACCACAAUCGGAGCGCUCAAGAUGCAUAUACGCACCCACACACUGCCCUGUAAGUGCCCCAUCUGCGGCAAGGCCUUCUCACGCCCAUGGCUGCUGCAGGGUCACAUACGCACCCACACUGGCGAGAAGCCGUUCCAGUGCCCCGACUGCCCGCGCUCCUUCGCCGAUCGCUCCAAUCUGCGCGCUCACCAGCAAACGCACGUAGAUGUCAAGAAGUACGCCUGCCAGGUGUGCCACAAGUCUUUCUCGCGCAUGUCCCUGCUCAACAAGCACUCCAGCUCCAAUUGCACCAUUACAAUUGUCUAG